UGCAGACACGUCUCUCAUUUGUGAACUUCGCGUCGCGUUUGAGUACGUCACGCGCGUGUGUUUGAGCCCAUCUCGAGUCCUAUAAUGAAAACCCGCUUUCACACACUCAGCCACAGAAAGCAGUGGCGCUUUCGGUCUCUCUGCUGAUGCCCAAACCAAAGCAGAGCCCCGAAACUGUUUCUCCAGGAAUAUACACUAGUCUGAUUGAGUUCAACGAUGGCGACGCGACUCUCUGACUUGUUUGGAAACAGCCGGAUUAUUGCAGGACUGCUGGUCAAUUUACUGUCUUCAAUAUGCAUAGUGUUCAUCAACAAAUGGAUUUAUGUGCACUACGGCUUCCCUAACAUGACUCUGACUCUAAUUCAUUUCGUAAUGACAUGGCUGGGGUUGUUUAUUUGCCAGAAGAUGGAUAUAUUUGCCCCCAAGAGUCUCAGACCGUCUAAAAUCCUCCUGCUGGCUCUGAGUUUCUGUGGUUUUGUUGUUUUCACUAAUCUGUCUCUCCAAAGCAACACUAUAGGAACAUAUCAGCUGGCCAAGGUCAUGACAACACCUGUGAUUAUAGUCAUCCAGACCAUGUACUACAGAAAGACCUUUUCCACAAAGAUUAAACUGACUCUAGUUCCCAUCACUUUAGGUGUGAUACUGAACUCGUACUAUGAUGUGCGGUUCAAUCUUAUGGGGAUGAUAUUUGCCACAUUGGGGGUCUUGGUAACCUCAUUGUAUCAAGUGUGGGUCGGCGCCAAGCAGCAUGAGCUUCAGGUGAACUCAAUGCAGUUACUGUACUAUCAAGCACCCAUGUCUUCUGCAUUUCUUCUGGUGCUCGUGCCAUUCUUUGAACCCCUCACUGGAGAUGGUGGUAUAUUUGGCCCCUGGUCAUUUCUGGCUCUGUUCAUGGUUCUGCUGUCUGGUGUUAUUGCAUUUCUGGUCAAUUUGUCCAUUUACUGGAUCAUCGGGAACACGUCUCCUGUUACCUACAACAUGUUUGGCCAUUUCAAGUUCUGCAUCACAUUACUGGGAGGGUAUGUUCUCUUCCAGGACCCCCUGUCUUUAAAUCAGGGUCUGGGCAUUCUCUGCACCCUCACUGGUAUCCUGGCAUACACUCACUUCAAGCUGGCAGAACAGGAGGAGGGCAAAAGCAGACUCACACAGAGGCCGUAGAUCUACUGAUGUGCCAAUCAAUGACAACACAGUGUUCAGUGCCUGAUGACGUGUUCAGCAGAAGAUACCGUAAAGAUUAACCAAACAUACACUACUGGUAGUCAGAAGUUUGGGAUUUUCUGCUCGUGUUUUUAAAAGAAGCCUAUUCUGCUCAACAAGGCUGCAGUUAUUUGCUAAAAAUACAGUAAAUGCUGUUAAAACUGGUAAAUAUAUAUAACUUUUUUCUUGUUAUUUAAGUGUUUUCUCGUUGAAUGUGGUUUAAUGUUGAAUUUAUUAUUAUAAUUUGUAGCUGUCAAUAUUUCAGUCUUCAGUGUCGCAUGACAUUUCAGAAAUCUUUGUAAUAUAAUAAUUUGCUGUUCUAUUAUGAUCAGUUAUUACUGGAGCUCAGUUCCUAAUAAUGAUUAUGAUCAAUGUUGAUUUUUUUUUUUUAGUUUUGUUGAUGGUUUUGUGGAAACUGAUACAUUUUACUUUUUAGGAGUCUUUGAGGAAGAUAAAGUUCAUUAUUUACAUUAAAAUAUUUACUUUCACUCAUGAACAAUUUUAUGCGAUGUAUAAAAGUAAAUACAUUUUAAUGAUCUUGUAUCAGUUACAAUAGUAUGAAGCAGCAUUAAUCAACACUUAAUAACAACAAGUUAUUUAAAGGAGCACUCCAUUUUUUUUUUUUUUUUUGGAAAAUAUACAAAUUUUACAAUUGCCCUAGCGUUAAACAGGCCUAUAGACCAUUUUGAGGGAUGUAAACCAUAAUAAAGGUCCUAAUGUAUUUCCUGUUUUACGUUUUUAAUUUCCAUAGCUUCCAAUAAUGCAAAAUUCUGUCAUUUUCUUUUGGUUUUAGUACAUGAUGUAACUACAAAAAAAAGUCAAGCUUUAGAUAGGAAAAUUUGCAAAACUCUUUAGUCAUUUUUUUUUUUGCAUGAGAUGCUAAUGGUCUAAUCAGAAUUAAUGAUCUAUGCUAAGCUAAGCUAAAAGCAUUCCUUGGAUCGACUGAAUGGAUUCAAAAAUGUUAAAACUGCACUGUUUAACUCUAGGGAACUUGUAAAAUUAGAAUAUUUUUUAGAACAUAGCAACAGAUCAUCAAGAUUUCUGAAGGAUCAUCUGACACUAAGCACUGUAUUGAUGCUGAAAAUUCAGCUUUAAAUGACAUGAAUACUUGAAUUUUUAAACAACGUUCAACAAAAUGAUAAAUAAGUUUUUAAUUAAGUCAGUAAAUGCAGCCUUGGUGAGCAGAAUAGACUUCUUUUAAAACAUUUAAAACCUUAUUGAUCCCAAAUCCUUUUAAUGGUAGUGUAGACUGUAAGGAAGUUGAAGCCAGAUGCUGAGGACUGUCAAUAGCAUUUUAAUCUUUGUAAGAGAUUACUUUUUAAUCCAAGUAUUCAAUAUUUGCAAAUGAACAUGCAAAAAAUGCAUUUCCUUUUGUAAGUGUUAUUUAAUUAUGUAUUUUUCUUUUGAUAAUCAAUUGUCUGUACAAUAAAACAUUUUAUAGGAAGCAACAGUA